AUGUCUAAAAAUCCGACGGUGAAAGAAGUAAGUGCACGUGUCGAACAGUUGGCGCUUGAGUUCAAGACCGGCCUUGAUAGUUUUAAAAACGAAAUUGCAGCAAUUUCUCCAACUCCUGUUACAUCAGCGGUUCCCGGGGAUUUUAUAGUGAAGUUCCAGAUGUUUGAAUCCAUGAUUAACUCAUCCCUUGCUGUUUUACAGGGUGAAAUGAAGUCCUUAAAAGAAAAUGUUGAGUUAAUUGAGAGAGAGAGCAAGCGCAGUCAGGCCAGGCAAUUGUCAAACGUCAUUGUAAUGCGCGGAAUCAAUGAAAACGUAAACGAUCUUUACGAUUGUUUACUAGAUAUUUUUAAUAAUAAAUUGAAAAUCACAGAUAUAAAUAAACGGGACAUCAAUUACUGUUAUCGCAUUGGUUUUAAAAACAGCCAAAAUAAAAAACCAAGGCCACUAGCCGUUCAGUUUUGUACUAAGUGGAUUCGAGAUCAGGUGUUCUUUAAUAAGAAACACCUAAAAGGCUCGCAAAUUUUCAUUACGGAAAUGUUAACCCAGGAAAGCCUAGAUCUUUUUAAAAAAGUAAGGGAAGUAAUGGGAAAAUCGUCUUGGACCUUUAAUGGGCGUAUUUACGCAAGUGUGCAAAAUAAGAAAAUGCUUAUUAGUUCAGAGAGUGAUUUAUACAAAUUAUCCAAUCCUGGGGGUAGUGGUAAUAAUGGUGAUACAAACCGAAAUAGUGCUGACAAUAAUAUUAGUGAUAUCAACCAAAAUAGUGAUGAAUAG